GAUCCCGAAGAUGGCGGCGGUAUCUGGGGUUUCUGUGCAAAGCAACAGUCCAGCAAGAGAGCUCGCUCUUGGAACACAGUCUGGGGGCACCCCGGCGACCGGAGAUCGGAUAAAAGUAGAGGAAGGGACGGAAGCGGAGAAGCAGAGCCGUGUCAACGCCUUGCUCGAGAGGCUGCACGCCAAGCACAACGCUUCACGGCCAUGGCACGAGACCAGCAAGGUGGUGCGGCAGGCCAUGGAGAAACGCGGAGUGAUGAACACUGCCGGACACCAGCUCCUCCUGACCUGCCUGGAGAAGCUGCAGAGAGCACUGAAGGUGUCCUCGCUGCCGUCCAUGACGGAUCGCCUGGAGUCCAUCGCUCGACAGAACGGGCUAGGGUCUCACCUGAGCCCCUCUGGGACGGAGUGUUACAUCACAUCUGACAUGUUCUAUGUGGAGGUGCAGCUGGACGCUGGGGGACAGUUGGUAGAUGUAAAGGUGGCUCAUCAUGGGGAGAACCCAGCGAGCUGUCCAGAGUUGGUUCAACAUCUCAGAGAAAAAAACUUUGAGGAGUUCUCCAAACAUCUCAAGGGGUUGGUCAACUUGUAUAAGCUUCCUGGAGACAAUAAGCUGAAAACCAAGAUGUACCUGGCGCUGCAGUCUCUGGAGCUGGAUCUCACCAAGAUGAUGCACAUGUUCAGGUUGGCCACAAAUGCAAACACAGUGGAGACCAUUCUGCAUGGCAGUGUGGGUCUGUUGACUGCUCGGAGUGGAGGUCACCUCGUGUCUUUGCAGUGUUACGUGUCGCCAUAUGACGUGUUUGAGGAGGGGACAGGGGCAUUGCUCAACUUCACCGACUCUACUGUCCCUCGCUCUCUGGGCGUCAGUGUGUCGGUGACUGUAGAAGGAACUUCCUCUGUGUACAAGCUCCCCAUCGCGCCACUAAUCACAGGCUCUCAUCCAGUGGACAAUAAAGGGACCCCCUCCUUCUCCUCUGUGACAAACUCUAACUGUGUGGACCUGCCAGCCUGUUUCUUCCUGAAAAUGAAUCGCCCUACCCCAUUCUCCCUCUCCUUCAUACAUAGGAUGGGAAACACCACAGGUAUCCCGGUGUUCGAGAGCGCUCCUAUGCUGGCCCCUCUCUACGAGCUCAUCGUACAGAGCCAGCUGCAGGAGGAGGGACGAGGUGCCCUGCCACCCCACACACACGCCAUGCGCUUCUAUGCGUCCCUGCCUGGCCAGCAGCACUGUUACUUCCUGAACCGUGACGCGCCGGUGCAGGACGGCCGCAGCCUGCAGGGGGCGCUGGUUUCCAAGAUUCCCUUCCGGCACCCGGCUCAGGUGCCGGCGCUGCUGGACGUCAUCCGACACCAGGCUGCGUACAACACGCUCAUCGGGAGCUGCGUCAAGCGCACCCUCGUCAAAGAAGACACACCUGGGCUUCUACAGUUUGAGGUGUGUCCUCUGACAGACUCCAGCUUCAGCGUGUCGUUCCAGCACCCAGUCAAUGAGUCCCUGGUCUGCGUGGUAAUGGAGGUGCUUGACUCAAGGCAGGUGUCUUGUAAACUCUACAAGGGCUUGUCCGAUGCUCUCAUCUGCACUGACGACUUCAUCACCAAGGUGGUCCAGAGGUGCAUGUCCAUCCCUGUGACUAUGCGGGCCAUCCGACGCAAGGCUGAGACCAUCCAGGCCGACACCCCGGCCCUGUCGCUGAUCGCUGAAACUGUGGAGGACAUGGUGAAGAGGAACCUGCCUCCUGCUGGUAGCCCUGGUUGCGGCAUGGGCACGGGCGGAGGCGGCGGAAACGCGAUGGGCCUUCCUGGGCCCGCGGGGGGCAACACACCCACAGGAAGCAGUGGAGGUGGGGCUGGGGGAGGUGGCUCAUUCUCUGGACCAAUCGGAUCUUUGUUCAGUAUGUCACGGGGCUCCGGGUCUGGAGGAGAGGGCAUGGGUCAAGUGGGAGGUGGGGGGCAACAACAACAGCAGCAGCUACAGCAGCAACAACAACAGCAGCAGCAGCAGCAGCAGCAGCAAAGCCACGGGGAUGACUUCAGCAAAGUGACCCAGAACCCCAUCCUGACAAGCCUGCUGCAGAUCACUGGUAGUGUGGGCACAAGUCCCACCCCUCAGGCCCAAUCUUCUGGGUCCCAACCCCACCAGACCCCUCCCCUUACAUCCUCCCCUGCCAGCAACACAAAGAAUCACCCCAUGCUAAUGAACCUGCUGAAGGACAACCCCUCCCAGGACUUCACUGCCCUCUACAGCUCAAGCCCCAUGGAGAGGCAGAAUUCCUCCUCGGGAUCGCCUCGGACUGAGACUGCGGGUACUGGAAGUGGCAGCAAGGGUAAGAAGAAGCGCCCAAGAGGGGCAGAAAAAGGUGGGGCAGUGGGGGGAGGGAUGGGACUGAAGCAACAGCAGCAGGGUGGAGGGAUGCAGCAGCACCACCACUCUCACCACCCCACCGAAGACGACUUCCACCGUGAACUUUUCUCGAUGGAUGUGGACUCCCAGAACAUCUUCGAUGUCAAUCUAACAGGGGAUGGGCUAGACACUCCCCACAGCAUCACUCCAGCCCCCAGUCAGUGUGGGACGCCACCAGCUGGCCCCGGGGUGCCGUAUCACACCCAGCCACACUCCCAGUCCCAGCCACAACAGCCCUCAGGCAGCCUCCCUCGCAUGGUGCGGCUCUCCAGCUCUGACAGCAUCGGCGCUGAUAUUAAUGAGAUCCUGUCCGACCUCCCAGAGCAGGCAUCGAAAGGGGGCAGCGGCAGCCAUGGCCAGCACCACCUGGGCGGAGAGGAAGGGGGCCCACUAGGCACCCCUUUGCGAGAUUCCUCUAGUUCGGGUCAGGGGAGUGCAGUAUUUGAGUCAGACCUGUUCAAUGCUGGCAGCAACGAGAAUCCCUUUGGCGACCCAGCUGAGCUCAUCGCCGAGGCAGCCACUGCUGCCACGCCUAACAGUGACUCCUCCUCCACUAACUUCUUCCCUGACGCUGUAGACUUCAAUCCCGAGCUGUUGGCUGGACAGGGCUUCCCUCCAACGUACUUUGACAACAGCCCCCCUAGUCCAAACGACGACCUGGACCUUGUGAAAAGCUUUGGUGGGAGCAGCCAGCAGAACACUCCAUCGGGCACUCCCCAGAACCCCACCCCACAUGGUCGCAGCACUCCUGACCCUUCCCUCAAGGACCCUUUUGACAUGGGUAUGGUUUUUGGGAGCGGCGGCGGAGGGGGCAAGCCGUUGCUGGGUCCGGCCCCCGACCUGGGAGACCCCCACUCCUCUCAUUCGGGGGGAGGGCAGAGUCCUCUCAUGAUGGGCAUGGGAGGGGGGGGCAACGAUUUUAAGAGCGCGGACUCAAAGGCCAAGCAGCAGCAGCAGAUGAUGCGGGGGAAGGAGGAAAAUGGCGGCGGGGGCAGCUCGGGGUUAGGUAUGGCAGGGGGGAGCUCAUCUGAUGCCAAACAGGCUAAACGCAGCCGCACCCCUUCUAGUGAGGGUAAGCCGAAAGAAAAGCCACCCAAGCGCAAGAAGAUGGACCCGGAUGGAAAGUCACCAUCGCACAGCUCAGGGGGCCGGCCCUACACCCCACCGAGUGGGAGUGCAGGUUCAGGUGGGUCUGUGGGUGGAGGAGGAUCCAAAUCCCCUGGAAGCUCUGGAAGGUCACAGACACCCCCCGGCGGUGCCACACCGCCAAUACCCAAAAUCACCAUUCAGAUUACAAAAGGGACACUAUCAGGGAGUAAGACCUCCUCUCACGGGGGGUACACGUCCAGUAGCUCAGCAGGAGGAGGCACGGGGGCGAUGGGGGGCAGUGGUGGAAGUAAAAGCCAUCAUUCACAUUCCUCCUCAUCCUCAUCCUCAGGCAAGAUAAAGGCCAAGUCUGAGGGCUCUAUGGGACAGAGCAGCAGCUCAAAGCCAGGUAGUGGAGGCGGAAGUGGAGGAGGGAGCUCUCAGUCAAAGGGUUCCUCACAGGGGCUGGGUGUAGGCAAACCUGGCUCCUCCCCUAUAACAAAGCAUGGAUUGUCGGGGACAGGAAGUGGGGGCAGUGGAGGAGGGAGUGGGAGCAAGAUGAAACCUCAGGGGGGCAAGCCACCCGGGUCUCUUAUCAACCCAAACAUCAAGCCCAACAUUUCUCCAUCACACUCCCGAUCCAGUGGCUCUGACAAGCUCUCCUCUCCCAUGAAGCUCCAGCAGACUCAGGUUCCUGGUACACCCCCGUCUUCCAAGGCCAAAUCUCCAAUGGGAUCUGGGGGCGGAGGCUCGGGAGGAUCGAAGUCUGCCUCUGGGGGUGGGAUGGGAUCUCAGAAGCAGCUGGGGGGAGGUUCUUCCUCUGGGUCCUCCUCCUCCUCUUCAUCCUCUUCUAGUUCCUCUUCAUCCUCUGGCUCCAUGUCCUUUUCUGCAGGCUCCCAGUCCCAGUAUGGUGGGAGUGGCGGUGGCGGCGGUGGGAACAACCCAAAUGUCAAGGGAAAGUCACCUAGCCGCAACAAAAAGCCGUCCCUGACUGCAGUUAUCGACAAACUGAAAGGUGCUGGAGGAGGUGGAGUGGGGGGUGAAGAGGGCAAUGAAGGAGGUGGUGGUGCUGGGGGAGGAGCUGGAGGUGGAGGUGUUGGAGGUCCCCCUAAUAUUGUACCUCAGCCCUCUAAGCAUGGGAUGUCAUCGCAGGGUGGGGACUACCUGAGCAAGCGAGAGAAGGUGGAGAAAGAGGGGAAGUCCAAGGUGUCAGUGUCAGGGGGUGGCUCGGGAGACAAAAAGCCACUGGACUCCAAGACAGGAGGUGUGGGCAGCACCGGUGUGGCCAAGAUCAUCAUCAGCAAGCCCGAUGGAGGUUCACCCAGUAUCAAGGCCAAGGUGACCCUCCAGAAGCCAGGCGAGGGGUCUGGUGAUGCGAUGCGCACCCAGCACUCGGGCCUCAAAGCUUCGCCUUUCAGUGGGUCCACACCCAAACAUGAUCGCUCCUCCCCCAGUCACAGCCGUUCCCCAGGGUACACGCCUCUUAACCCAGACAGCGAGAGCGAAUCGGGAAGCAGUUCAGUGGCAGAGAAGUCCCACCAGAACAGCCCCAAUUCUGACGAUGACCAGACCUUGAGGCCCCUGCAGCCCCCGCUGGAGUACAUGAGCUCGGCACCAGUCAGCUCAGGGGAGAAGCACAAGAAGCACAAGAAGGAGAAGAAAAAGCAGAAGGAAAGGGAACGGGAGAGAGACCGGGACAGAGACCGAGAGCGAGAUAAGGAAAAAAAGAAAUCGUCAUCAUCCUGCACCACCUCCUCCCACCCCAUGAAAGCUGACAGCUGGUCUCGCUCGCCAAUUUCGGCUCCUGACCCCUCCCUGUCCAUGAUGGGGUCGGAUCGACCAUCCCGACCCAGCCCCGCCUUCCUGCAUAACGAAGAAGACGACCUCAUGGAUUCUGCCCUCACUGGAAACCUUGACUCUUUCAAAUAGAAGCAGCUUUUCAUCACUGUGUAGCCCUCCCAUGUUCACAGCGUGCAGUUGUUUAGGUGGGGGUUAAUCUGAAGUCAUGUCUUUAUUUACUUCUUACUUAGAAUGGCAGUAGCUGGUUUUCUGCUCUGUCAUGAAACAAAAGACGUGGGGAACGUUCCCACAAGCCGCUUGUAUCAAACGGACAGCCAAAGCUGUUCUCGAGGUGAGGAGGAAGGGUCAUCUUUCCAAGUCUUUCCCUUUUGUUUUCGAGUCUGAGGAUAAUGGAGCCUUUCGAAUUAGAAUUAGAAGUACUAGGAUUAGAAUUCUUAAGCCCCCUGCAUAAUUAAUGUGGCCAAUUUGAAAAACAGGACAGUGUUUUAGACAGUAUAUGGACAAUCACUGCUGACAUGUUGAGAGAGCAGCCUGUUACUAUGUAAUUGCUGUUGUGAAUCUAAUCAAGAUACUGCAAGACCAACUGAAUGAAAUGUGUUCAGUGAAUUAGGGAGUUUUUUUAAUGAAAACUCUCUCCCAGUGUUGCCAAUUUGUUCUGCACUGUGAUAACUCAAGUGUAUGGUACUCUCAGCUAAUAAUGAUACUAAAUAUCUGAUUUAGUUUAUUUUAUUUUUUUGUAUUUGUAGUCAGGAGUGCUUUCAUCAAAAGACUACUGAAUGAUUCUUCAUUUUAAAAAAGAAAAGGUUUUAGCAUGCCGUCUUAUAAAAAAUGUUCUGUAUUAUUCUCCCUUUUCCCAAACAUUUUUUUUCAAGGCUUGUAAAGUUUAUGUUAGCAAAAUGAUUGUACAGUGUUAAAGGCUUUUAAGAUCCCCCCCUCCCCUAUGUAAUUUCAAUCUCACCAGAGGUUUUGGAUUUUAAUACGUAGAAUCUUUUAUCAUGUUACAUUAUUUUCCUUUAUGCACAGAUUUGUGUAAAUGAUUCUUAAAUAUUUUACACUGCAAUAUCAACAAUAUUAAGACUUUUAUUUUGGAAAUGAGUACCUUUACUGGUUUUAAUUAAAUACUUAAUUGCAGAAAUCUA